GACGAACUUGACGUUUCCCUACAUGUCUGCGAUGAGGUGCUGAAAUUCAAAUUGGAGACAAACGCACAACUUGCGCUUUGCUGGAGUUUUGGGGGCAUAGACGUAUAUCUCGAUGAUGAUCUACACUCACAAACUCUUAGCAGCCGGCGCACUCGACCAUGUAAUAUCCCGUGGGAGAGGAGGAGAGUUGACAUGGUCACGGCAUCUGAGAACCGGUGCAAAAUGAACGUAACGCAGCGUCUUCGGAUCCGAGCUAAUCACGAUAGAUAACUCUUCCGCGCAGCUGCAUGCGAGAUCGCACCUGCAAUUCACUGCGAUGGUUUCAGAAGAAAGCCCUCUGCUGGCGUCCACUACGCAUGAAGCUAUCUAUGACAGGUUUGCGCCCAACCAGAAAAGGUGGAUCGUGUUUCUCGUCUCUUUUGCGGGUUUGUUGCCUAUGUUCGUCUCAGCGACAUUCGUGCCUUCCAUCCCUCAGAUAACUAAAGAUCUUGGCUCGACCCAUGCUACCGUCAGCUUGACCGUCAGUCUGUCGAUCUUGGCGGCUGCUGUCGGAUCAUUGGUCUGGGCUGCUUAUUCGGCUUUCUAUGGGCGCCGACCGAUGUAUUUGUGGGGCGUGCCAUUUUUAUGCGUCGGAAGCUGUGGUGUCGCGAUGUCGACUUCAUUGCGGGGCCUGUUGUUCUGGCGGUUCGUACAGACGUUUGGAUGUUCUGGGGGACUACCGUUGGGUGCUGGUGUUAUCGGUGACAUUUAUAAAUUGGAGGAGAGGGGGACUGCUAUUGGAAUAUUCUUUGGUGCUGCACUUUUUGGGUUGGCUGUUGCCCCGUUUCUUGGAGGUGCAGCGGCGCAGUAUUGGUCCUGGCGCAAUUUGCAGUAUUCCAUUGGAGCAUGGGGUUUGCUCCAGAUGCUUCUCAUAUACUUUUCGUUUCCUGAGACUAGCCAUCCUGGCACAUUGGGCAUAGGCAAACUAACGCGCAGAAGAUGGAUCCAUAUCACAUGGGUAAAUCCUCUGAGCAGUCUCUGGUUGCUUCGGAGUCCGAACCUAUUCGCAGUUAUGCUUGUGCAGUCUCUAGUACUCAUCAGUGACUAUGUUCUCCUCGUACCCAUGGCGCUUACUAUUGGCGUCCGGUAUGACAUCGUAAAUGAGGCCAUCAUCGGGGCGUGUUUUCUCCCAAACGGACUGGGAAACUUCAUUGGAGCACCGAUUGCUGGCCGCCUAUCCGACACUGUAGUCAGGAGAUGGCGGGAGAAGCGCAAAGGAGUAUGGUUUCCAGAAGAUCGCUUGAGAGCGACGUGGAUCGGAGGGUUGUUCAUGGUCCCGCUGUCUGUUGGGGCGUCGGGGUUGAUCACGACAUAUGUUGGGGGCACGAUCGGCCUUUCGUUGAAUUUAUUAUGUCUUUUUGUGAAUGGAAUGGGGGUCAGCUUCGUGCUUAAUCCAAUUUCUUCUUAUAAUGUGGAUGUAAUGCACUCUCGAAGUGUGGAGGCCACAGCCGCUAAUGCAGCGGCCCGGUCACUUAUUAUAUCCGCUGCGACUGCUCUUGUCAUUCCAUCGAUCGAGCGUAUAGGUGUUGGGUGGACGAACACCAUUGCGGCUAUCCUUGCACUCAUUGGACAAGGGAUUGUUUUCUUGACGAUUCGUUAUGGUGACCGCAUGAGGGCCAGUGUGAAUGUUGGUUUCUCAACCAUAGAGAACAAUCCAUAGAUUGAUCUUCGUUUGUUCGAAGAGAAGCAAUGGAUUAAAACUAAGAUUUGUGGAUAAUACAUUCGUGAAAUUGCCAAUAGACUCAUCUAUCAUACCGG